AUGGCGUCCGAGGCAGGGACCGGCGCGCUGUGCGCGUACCUGGAGACGCUUCUCCCGGUCGUCCUGCCGGUGUCGCAGGACACGGUCCGCGCAUGCCUAGACAGCCCGGCCGCGCAAGACGCCACCGCCGCGCUGGCGCACGAGGCCGGCGUGCCGUGCCUCUUUGUCGACGAGGUGGCGUCCGCGGCCGGCGCAGGCGAGGCGCCGACCGCGCUCGCCCUUGCGCGCCAGCCGACGUGGACGCCCGUGCGUGCGUCUGCCCUUGCGCUCGUCAAGCGGCAGGCCGUUCUCGAUCUGCAGGCGCCGCUGCCGGCGCAGCUGCGUGUCGUGUCGCUGCAAGGCGCGCACUUUGCGCGCCGCAGCGACGACGAUACCGUCCUGCUCGAGACGCCGUACGAGGCGCUCGAGACGGUGGUGCACAGCGUCGUGGCGCCGUGGCUCGAUGCGUACGCCGAGGGGCGCGCCGACGACCGAGACGACGACGGCAAGGCCGGAGGGCCGCUCGUGCGCCGCAAGCUCGCGGAGCUGGAAGCGAGCCUGCGGCAGGUGCAGCAGGACGUGGAGAUCCCGCAGGUCGUGCUCCGCGUGCACCCGGCGAUCGAGGCGGCGGCGCACGACGGGGCGGCGGGGCUCGACGCGAUUCAGCCACCCUCGCUGCUCGAGGACGACGCCUUCAUCAACCAGCUGCACGCGGACAUGAACGGCUGGGUGCGCGCGGUGCAGACGGUGACGAAGCUGGACCGCGACCCGGCCGCGGGCACCGCGCUGCAGGAGCUGCGCUUCUGGGUCGCGCUGGAGGGCGCGCUCGAGGCGCUGGAGCAGCAGCUGCAUGCGCCGAGCGUCGCGCUCACGCUGGACGUGCUCAAGCACGCGAAGCGCUUCCAUGCGACCGUGUCCUUCCUGGCGGACACGGGCCUGAAGGACUGCCUCGAAAAAGUGCGCGGCUACCAUGUGCUGCUGAGGGACCUGCCGCUCGACGCGCUCCUGACCGCGUCGACGCUGGAGGCCCUGCGCGACGCGCAGGACGGCGUGCUUGUGCUGCUCGCCAAGAAGCUGCGCGUGAGCACGUACCCCGUCCGCCGCGCCCUCUCGCUCGUGGACGCCGCGGGCCGCGAUGCGCGCGAGACGCUCCUGCGCCUCCUGCGCGGCACCGCCCUGAUGCGUCUGGACUCUGCGGCGUUUGCGGCGCAGACGGCCGCCGCCGAGCAGCUGAUGGACGCGUGGGACGAGCUGACGAAGGAGCUCGUGUAUGUGGCGCGCGACCUGAUGCGCAAGCGCGCGGACCGGCUGAUGCCCAUCAAGGCCAGUGCGCCGUACACGGCGCUGCGCACGCGCCUCGCGUACCUGCAGCGCCUGCGGCGCGCACACGAGGAGCUCGUGGACAUGGCGCACGUCGGCGAGGCCGCGAGCGGCGAGGCCGCGCACGCGAUCCGCAGCGCGUUCGACAGUUUCCAGCACAUCGACGUGCUGGACGUGAGCGAGCAGGGGCAGGCGGCCCUGGGCGCCGCCGAGGCGCAGUACAACGAGCGCGUCGCGCAGGUCGAGAGCCGCCUCAUCGAGCGCCUGCAGCAGGGGCUCGCGCGCGCGCGCACCGCACGCGAGCGCCUCCGCAUUCUCGCGCAGUACAACCGCCUCUUCGUGCGUCCCCGCGUGCGGGCCGCCGUGCAGGAGUACCAGACGGUGCUCCUGCAGUCGGUGCGCGCGGAUCUCGAGGCCCUCCGGGUGCGGUUCCAGGCGGGCUACCGCGACUCUGACGCGCACAUCGCCGCGCAGCUGCGGCACCAGCCCGACAUUGUCGGCGCAGUCGUGUGGCUCGGCGAGAUGGAGCGCCAGCUGCGCGUGUACCGCCAGCGCGUCGAAGCCGCGCUGGGCCCGGCGUGGGUGGACCAUGUGGAGGGCCAGCGCCUGUGGGCCGAGAGCGAGGCGUUCCUGCAGCAGCUCGACGCGCGGCCGCUCGUGCAGGCGUGGACGCACGAGAUGGGCCGCCGCGCCGUGCUGCCGCAGGGGGGCGUGCUGCGCAUCGUGCGCCUGCCCGAUGGCGCGCCGCAGCUGCGUGCGAGCUUUGAAGCGCAUGCGUUUGCGCUCGCCGACGAGGCGCACGCGCUCACGAUGCUGGGCCUGACGAUUCCCCAGGCGCUCGCGAGCACGGCGCAUGAUGUGCGGCGCAUGGCGCCGUACGCGCUCGCGCUCGACGGCGCGCUGCACACGUUCGACAAGGUGCGUGCCGACGUGGCCGCGCACCCGUUCACCGCGCCGCUGCUGGCGCGCGCGCUGCUGCACGUGCACGCCGGUGUGCAGCAGGUCGCGGCGUGUCGCUGGGAGCGUUUCGUGGAUGGCGCGCAGGCCGAGCCGGUCGACGCGCUCGUGCGCGCCGUGCAGCACCUCGCUGCGCAGGCCGCGCACGUCCACGAGCUCGAGCGGCGUGUCGAGCAGCAGUGCGCGGCGCUGCAGACGUGUGCGUACACGCCCGAGGCCGUCCGCGCGCCGCUGCAGGCGCUGCAGCAGAGCAUCGACGCGCUCCCGCUCGCGGGCCUCGUGAACGCGCCCCGGUGGGUGCGCGCGCUGCGCGCGCGCGUCGACCAGGUGCUGCUGCGCCGGCUGGAAGAGGCGCUCGGGGCGCUGGCCGCGCAGCUCGAUGCGCCGGGCGCGGACGUGCCGGUCGUGCAGGUCGUGCUGCGCGCGCAGGCGCUGCAUCUCGAGCCGCCGCUCGAGGCGGCGCAGGCGCACUGGUUCGCCGCGCUGGGCGCCUGCAUCGCUACCGUGUGCGCGCCGCCGCGUCUGCACGUGUCUGCGCGCGCGGCCGAGUGGCGCGCGCGCGCGGUGCCUACGCACGCGGACCUGCAGGCGCGGGUCCCGCCGGCCGUGCUGCAGGCGCCGCUCCGGCGGAUCCAGGCGGCGCUGGGCGAGGCGGCGGCGCAUGCGGCGCAGUGGCGCGAGCUACAGGUGCUGUGGGACGUGGAGCCGGACGCGGCGGUCGAGGGCGUGGACGAUGCGCGGGCGUGGCUGCCGUGGCUGGCGCAGCUGCGCGCGGUGCGGGCGUUCCUGGACGCGCCGCCGCGGCGCACGCUGCGUCUCGUGCACAUGGACGCGGCGCCUGCGCAGGCGCGUCUCGCCGCGCGGUGGGACGCGUGGGAGGCCGCGGUGCAUGCGCAGUGUGUGCGGCGCCUCGGCGCGUCGGCGCGCGCGCACGCGGCGUCGAUGCGCGCGGGGCGCACGGCGCUGGAGCCGCUGAGUGCGGUGCAUACCUCGACGGCGCAUGUGGUGGCGCUGGUGACGCGCGUCGCGUCGCUGACGCAGGCGGUGCGCGCGUGGGCGCCGGACGUGGACGCGUUCGCGGCGGCGCAGGCGGCGCUGCUCGCGCAGCGCGUGCGGCUGCCGCCCGACUGGCUGCACGCCGAGCAGCUGCAGGGCGAGCUGUCGGCGCUGCGUGAGCUUCUCGCGCACAAGCAGAGCGCGAUGGACGCGCAGCGCGAGGCGCUGCAGCGGCGCCUCGCGGGCGAGACGCGCGCGGUGGCGGCCCAGACGGACGAGCUGCUCGCUGCGUGGGCGCAGGCGCGGCCGGUCUCGGGCGCGGUGCCGAUCGACGAGGCGCUGCGCGUGCUCGAUGCGUACGCGGCGCGGCACGCGGCGCUGCAGGCGGAUGUGCAGCGCCUCGGCGAGGCGCGCGAGGCGUUUGGGCUGGAGGCGCUCGAGCAGGCGGCGGCGCUGCCGCGCAUGGCCGACGAGCUCGCGAGCCUGCGCGGCGUGUGGGGCGCGCUCGCGACGAUCUGGGCGGGCGUCGACGAGCUGAAGGCGACGCCGUGGAGUGCCGUGCAGGUGCGCGCGGUGCGGCAGCGACUCGAGGCGCUCGUGCGCGCGUGCCGCGCGCUGCCGAGCCGCAUGCGCACGUACGCCGCGUACGAGGCGGUGCACGGCGAGCUGCAGUUCCUCCUGCAGCACAUGGGCCUGCUCGGCGAUCUGCGCUCCGACGCGUUCCAGCCGCGGCACUGGCGCGCGCUGCAUGCGCAGCUGCAUGCGCCGCGGUACAUCGCGAGCCAGCACACGCUCGGCGACGUGUGGGCGCUCGACUGGCACGCGCACCACGGCGUGAUCGCCGCGGCGGUCGCCGCGGCGCAGGGCGAGUACGCGCUGGACGUGUACCUGCAGCAGGUGCGCGAGGCGUGGAGCGCGUACGUGCUCGAGUGGGUCGACUACCGCCACGAGUGCCUCCUGCUGAAGGGCUUUGAUGCGCUCCGCGCGCUCGCCGCCGAGCACGCGGGCGGGCUGCGCGCGAUGGCCGCGAGCGCGCACUACCGCGUGUUCGAGGAGGAGGCGCGGCUCUGGGAGGAGCGCGUCGCGCGGAUCCAGACGACGUUCGAGCUGUGGGCGAACGUGCAGCGGCAGUGGGUGUACCUGCACGGCGUGCUCGGCGCGCGCGCCGACCUCGCGCACCUGCUGCCCGUCGAGGCCGCGCGCUUCCAGAGCAUCAGCAGCGAGUUCCUCGCGCUGCUCAAGAAGGCGGCCAAGGCGCCGCACGUGCUCGACGUGGUCCACCUGCCCGGCGUGCGGCCGACGCUCGAGCGCCUCGCCGAGCUGCUGCACCGCCUGCAGACGGCGCUCGGCGAGUACCUGGAGAAGGAGCGCGCGCGCUUCCCCCGCUUCUACUUUGUCGGCGACGACGACCUGCUCGAGAUGCUCGGCCUCGGCAGCGACGUGCGCCAGGUGCGCGCCCACCUCGUGCAGAUGUGGGCCGGCCUCGCGCAGGUGCAUGUGGACGGGCGGCGCAUCGUGCGCAUCGAGACGACCGCCGGCGAGCUGCUCGACCUCGACGCGCCCAUCGACGUGCGCGACGGCGCGCCGGUGCACGAGUGGCUGCAGGCGCUCGAGGCGGCGGUGCCGCGCACGCUCGCGGCGCGCCUGCCCCACGUGCUCGACGCGCUCCCCGGCGAGGUGACGCGCGAGGCGCUCGAGGCGUGGCUGCACAGCGCGCCGGCGCAGCUCCUCGUGCUCGCGUGCCAGGUCGCCGUCGUGCGGCGCGUCGAGGCGGCCGCG